AUGGUGGAUCACCUGCCCCUUGGUGAGGAGACCUUCCUGUACUACUCCCAGUCCCCGGGGGCGGACUAUUCUCGCAAUCACACCACCGGUGCUAUGGUAACGGACGCCUGCAUCGGUCACAGCCAGCAGCCCUACCCAGGGGUGACCCUGUCCUCCUCUCCCGGGAUGACUAUGUCCGAAGAUGACCUCAGUGAUUCGUCCAGUCCCCGGUCGUCUCUGUGCUCCAGUCCAGAGUCCCUGUCCUCGCACCACACGUUUGGGUCCAGUUAUGAGAGCAGGAGCAACCACAGUAGUGGCAGCUCUUCAGGAGAAAGCCAGGACAGCCUCCUGGACCUGCUUCUAUCCCAGUCCAGCCUCAGCAGUUCUGCCCCGUAUCACGGCAGCACUACAUCCCUAUGCUCAGAUGUCUCAUCUCCUACUUCUUCGCUGUCCUCUUCACCCACUGCACCCCACUUACCAAUGGGUCUGUCCUGGGAUUUCAAAAAGGAGCAAAGAGUUACCCUCCAGCAACAAACGAAAGAGGACUGCUACGAGUUUCCGGUCUUUUUGGAUGAACUUCAAGAUCCAGCUGCACUCCUCUUCCAGCCCACCUUAGAGGAGAUUGAGGAGUUCCUCGAGGAGAACAUGGUGGUGGCCAUGGAUAGAGACGAGGAGGCAAGUGACGAGGAGAUGUCGCUCAUGUCCCAGGAUGCAGAGAUGGACAUUUCAAGAACAUGUUCUGCAGAGACGUUAUCGGGAGAAAAGGCAGCAGAUCAGACCGUACCUGUGGCCUUUGCGACAAACCCAUUGUCUUCCUACAGAGAGACCAAACCUACACCAGCCGUUUCGAACAAGGACAACGCACAUUUACCAAUAGACAGCAAUGGCAUCAAGGAAGAAGACUAUCCUAUGGUAAAUGAUGGCUCCAAUAAUCAAUCCAGUGUGCCUGUGAUCCUGCAGAUCCAGCCCAUUCAGAUCAAACAAGAACCCACCUCAAGUGCAAUUACUGAUUCCAGCAAUCAGCAACAUCCGCAACCUCAGACAUCGAAUGCCGCAUCAGACAUCAAAAUUGCUCAGCUUCUGGUCAACAUCCAGGGCCAGACAUUUGCCUUGGUGCCUCAGUUACUCCCGGCCACAAGCCUGGCCAAUGCUUGUAAAACUGGAAGCAACGUCCCUUCAAAAUUUGUAAGGAUCGCACCCGUACCUAUCGCUGCAAAGCCGAUGGGGCUCGGUGAAGGAGGGCUGGGCGGCGGAGCGGCCACGGGGGUCCUCGGCGGGGCCCAGAGGUUCCAGAAAAGUGCCGUAGCGGACCUGAUAAAAAUGCACAAGUGCUCUUUCCCAGGAUGCAAUAAGAUGUACACCAAAAGCAGCCAUUUGAAAGCCCAUCUAAGGAGACACACGGGGGAAAAGCCAUUCGCCUGCACCUGGCCUGGAUGCGGAUGGAGGUUCUCCCGGUCGGACGAGCUGUCGCGGCACCGGCGAUCGCACUCCGGAGUGAAACCGUACCAGUGCAUCGUGUGCGAGAAGAAGUUUGCCCGCAGCGAUCACCUUUCCAAACACCUCAAAGUGCACCGCUUUCCACGAAGCAGCCGGACGGGCCGCUCCACCAACUGA